AUGAAUGACAUCUUGAAGCAUGCUGCCAUGUCUGACUGUAAACCACUGACCACUCCUAUCUCUUUGACUAAGUCUCCAACUCUGCAAGCAGAUCCUUAUGAUGAUCCUACCAAGUACAAGAGUCUUGCUGGGGCUUUGCAGUAUCUUACUGUUACUCGUCUGGAUCUCUCCUUUGCGAUUAAUCUGUUGUGUCAGCAUAUGCAUGUUCCUACGGUUCGGCAUUGGGAGCAGCUGAAACAGGUCCUGCGGUAUGUCAAAAGCACUCUUCUCUAUGGGCUUUGUAUUCGCACCUCUUCUUCUAGGGAGCUACAUGCGUUUUUGGAUUCUGACUGGGCUGGAUGUCUUGAGGAUCGCAAGUCCACGAGUGGGUUCGCUGUGUUUCUUGGGUCCAAUCUCGUCUCUUGGGUCUGCAAGAAGCAAAAGACAGUUGCUAAGUUUUCUACUGAAGCUGAAUACAAGGCACUUGCAAAUGUUUGUGCUGAGGUAACAUGGAUUCUGUCUCUCUUGCGUGAACUUCAUGUUACUGAUGUAUCAGUUCCCAAGUUGUGGGGUGAUAAUCUUGGUGCCACCUACAUGUGUGUCAAUCCAAUCUUCCAUGCUCGUACAAAGUAUGUGGAGAUUGAUUAUCACUUUAUUCGGGAUAAGGUUCCUGCUGGUGAGAUUUAG